UGCGUCCUAAACAGCGCCUCACUCCCUCUGUUUAUGCACUUAAUAGGGAUUAAAAUAACAUGUUUCUCACUUGAUCUAGUGUAUUCGCUGUGCCUUAUUGCGGCGUUUGGGAUGCGGCCGCUGACUGAGCGAGACACCGAGGGGUUUAAGUAAAUAAUGUAAGCGUUAUGGAGGAAGAAGAUGUUUGUGGAGUGAAAGAGAGUGUGUGUGUGUGAAAGUCUGUGUCUGGGGCUCUAUAUAACGGUGCCUCCACAAUGGUUCCAGCUGCCCUCCUGCCUUCUUUAUACCGUAUCAGGACUUUGAGCUCAGCCUCAGUUAAACAUUCCUCCCAAAUCCUUCACAGGACCAGUGCAGAGUCGCAUCAUGGACCUUUCGGUGUCCUGUUCCACCGGAAGAACGUGUCUACUGAGAUGUCUUUGAGCCACAGAGUUUCUGAACUGGCAGACAGAGAGAGGACAGUGCUCGAUCGUCUGUACGAUGGACUGGUCAGGGGUCAGAGGUCAUCUCUGGCUGAGAGUAUAACUCUGGUGGAGACGCAGCAUCCUCGCAAGAAGGAGUUGGCCCAGGUGCUGCUGCAGAGGGUGAUGGCAUACCGGCAAGAGCGUGAGAGGAUCGCGGGAGGAAAACCGGUGGCCUUCAGAGUGGGUUUGUCUGGUCCUCCUGGUGCUGGUAAAUCCUCCUUCAUUGAGGUUCUGGGGAAAAUGCUGACAGGAAAAGGCCACAAAGUGUCUGUCUUGGCUGUGGACCCUUCCUCAUGCACUACAGGAGGAUCGCUGAUGGGGGAUAAGACACGGAUGACCGAGCUCUCGCGAGAUAUGAAUGCCUUCAUCCGGCCGUCACCGUCCUCGGGCACGCUCGGUGGGGUAACCAGGACCACCAAUGAAGCCAUAGUCCUGUGUGAAGGAGCAGGAUAUGACAUCGUGCUCGUCGAAACCAUGGGUGUUGGACAGUCUGAAUUUGCUGUGGCUGAUAUGGUAGACCUUUUUGUGUUGUUGAUUCCGCCAGCAGGAGGCGACGAGCUACAGGGAAUAAAGAAAGGCAUCGUUGAGAAAGCCGACCUGGUCGUGGUCACGAAGUCAGACGGUGAUCUGGUCGUUCCGGCACGAAAGAUUCAAGCCGAGUACACGAGUGCAUUAAAGCUGCUCAGAAAGAAAUCCAAAACCUGGACACCUAAAGUGGUCCGGGUGUCUGCUCAGACGGGACAGGGUGUACCCGAGCUCUGGGACAUCAUGCUGCAGUACCGUGAUGCCAUGUUGUCUAGUGGUGAGCUGCAAACCCGCAGGCGUGAGCAACAGAAGGUCUGGUUGUGGAGCCUGAUCCAGGAAAACGCCCUGCGCCAUUUUCAGGAACAUCCACAGGUUCAAGCGGCACUGCCCGAGAUGGAGCGCAGGGUGGCACAAGGAGAAGUUUCUCCCGGACUGGCAGCCGACCUCCUGCUGAGGGCCUUCAGGACCACACAGUAACACAAAGCCCAUUUCAUACAGAUGUUAAAGAAGUGAUCUGUGAAGAAUGAAUCAUGACACUUUCCUGGUUAAGCUUCCUUAUUUGGGUCGAUGUAAUCCUGACCAGAUUGCGGAUGUCUUUGCUCUCUGUAUCUGUUUGAGAUCAUGAAGCAGGGGUGGACAAAUCAUCCUAAAAGCAGGUCAAGCUCAUGUGUCAUUCCCAGGUCCACGUUUUGGCCCAGAAACCUAACCGAUAACACUAAAAAAGGUGCUAUUUAUAUUUCUGGAAUUUUGGCAGAUGCUCUUAUCUAGACUUGAGCACCUGAUUGCAGAGAGAGUUAAUUUAUAGCAUUGUUGCCAUUGGUUCAGUGCACGUGAAAGGUAUUGUCUCAAGUGUACAUGUGACAUGACUGAUUUGCGCCUCACUUUAUUUUGCUUCAUCUAGACUGCAUUUUCACAGUCUCACAAUUUCCUAAUUCUUAAAAAGUUGUGUCAUUUCACUUGUGUCAUUGAUUCAUGCGAAUUAAUGCAGAAGAAGGUGGGAUUCAGGACAGGUCGCGUACGCCGUAGUCGCAGUGUCGUGAAACACGUUAUGUUGAAAUAAAUAAAUAACCACUUUUGAUUUCUGAAAGCCAAAAGCAAGCAAGGAUUUAACUUCCUCUGUUUGUUAAAUGAGACCAGGCAAGAAAAAAAAACUAUGCAGUCUGACAAUCUACUCUACUUAGUUUUCCAAGAUGUAAUUAUGAGUAAAAAACGAGGACGUGUUAUCAUCUUUGUCUCGGAUGCUGGGGCUACCGAUUUGCCCCCCCCCCCCCCCUGCCCUGAUGGAUGGGGUGUUAAUGUGGAGCACGUUUUGUAACUGUGCAGCAUUACAAUGUGUGUAAAAACAGAGAUAUCACUCAGAGACCUCAUGUUUGAGCUAAGCUGCUAAACCUGCUAUUAAGUUUUAUCCAUCCAGUGGUGACAAUUACAGUAUAUUUGUCUAAACUGUGAACUGUAUGUGAAGAAAAAAUAAACCAGUAAAAUGGGGAAAUAUUAAUAUUUAAUAUACUUCUCUGAUUAUUGUUUUAUAAACCGUAUCAGUACUGUUACAAUGGUAAAUGUGACUCUCGUACGUUUUGUUCGGGUUUUAACGAGUGAAUUAAAUAAGUUAAAACGUUCCAUGAUUCGAGAAUUUUUGUGUUUGGGUUAAAUACAGGCUAUUUAAACAGCAUGCUAUAAAUGAAUGUAUAAUCAUUUCUUUCUUGAUUUCCUUCCCAAGUGGUUGUCACAUUUCUUUUCAGCACCGUAGCUCGGCUUCUUCUGAAAAGAAGAAAUGAAUAGUUAUGUAAACGGACAGGUCUUCGUCCUUGUAGAGGAUUUUAUUUGAAUAAAGAAUCCUCUCUACUACCUACACACAGUGUGUGACUGUCGUUGUGUAUAAGCAGUAGUCGCUCUGGUUAAUAUGGACGUACGUUUACACAGUUGCUGCGUGUUUGAAGCUGACCACCAGCAUUAAAGGUGCUUUUCACUUGAUCCCCUGAUUUUUGAGCUGCUGUGUUCUUGAAGGUGGUGGAGCUAAUUAUCAGGCCACAAAAAAUGUAAACCGAAGCUAUAAAUGACCAAAUUGUUAUUUAUAUGUGUACAAAGACAUUAAAGACACUUUCGAGCUGA